AGAAAUAAUUUAAUUAAAUUUGGAUAGCGCCAGCUGACUAUAAAUAGCUGAUACCUUCACUAAGCCUAUCAUUCUAGACAUACUCUUGUGUUAUUAGAUCCUCUCCACAAUCCAAUUAAGCAAAAUGGUCAGUUUUGAAGACGCUUGUGAAAAGGCAAAGAACUUCAGCAAGAAGCCCAGCGACUCUGAAUUUUUGGAAUUCUACGGUCUCUUCAAACAAGCCACAGUUGGUGACGUCAACAUUGACAAGCCCGGCGCAUUGGAUUUGAAAAAGAAGGCUAUGUGGGAAGCCUGGAGCACACACAAGGGUUUGUCACCAGACGCCGCCAAGGAAGCUUAUAUCAAGGUCUAUGAAAAGUAUGCACCAAAAUACGCAUAAUAAUUUCGUAACUCUGCCAAUUGAUAUUAAGUAACUUGAAUAAAUAAAUAAAACAAAAAAAGUAAAUAAUA